AAUGAUUAUUUUAGGCCUAGUGACGUCCCUGAUAUCACUGCAAAAAAUGAAAUCAUAUUAGCCAAAGUCUAAUAUGGCACAUGAUCCAGACAGAUAAACUCAGCUACUGUUCAAUCGUCAGGCAUGUUUUGAAUUCAAUAUCAUUACAUUAGACCUUUUCUACAUCAGCCAUGUAUGCAUUCAUGAAUCAAUUAUAUAAUACAUUUUACUUAGAUUUGUAAAAACAAACUACAUAACAAUAUAAUGGUAAUAAUUUAUUUGAAUGGUACAUCUCUAUUGUACCAUUCAAUAGAGAUGUAGCCUUGGUCUAUUCACAAUACAGGUGAAGGCAUAUUCAAUAGGAGUGUGUGCAUGCAUUGAGUUAUUGAGCCUGUUUUGGCUGAUUUCAUCGGGCUACAGAUGACACAAUUUGAAACCCUUCCAUUUGGGACUUAUUUUAUUGAACCGAUCAACAACCUUUGCAUGAAGGAAGCUUAUUUUCUAAAAGUGUGCGCUGUCUCUUUAACCAGUGAUGGCUUCAUUCAGGAGGCAGGCAGUUUGCUGAGGCAAUAGAUGGGUUAGCUGACAGCGUCACUAAAACGAUGUGCCCGCUUCCAUGGGGCAGAAGUCAGCAUGUUGUGAUGGCCAGAUUGCUACAAGAAUGACAAACUGCCAUGUGGGGAAUCGUAAGUGACUCGUUUCACUUUGUUUCAUCAUGUUCUUGAUACCAUGUCCUGUUUUGACUGAUUUCAUAUCUAUGCUAAUAUUGCAAAACAUUUGCUAGCUAGCUAACCAGCAUCUGUAACGAUGUAUUUGAGACAAGUGCUCAUUUUGCAAAUGCAUUUGUUUUCAAUAAAUAUUAAAGACCAAUAACUUACAUGUUGUCAACAAUCUAAGCCAGCCCCAUCUGUUUUGCCUCAUAGUUGCGCACGGUUCGAGCCCUGAAUGCUGAUUGGCGGACAGCUGUGGUAUAUCAGACCGUAUACCACAGAAACCAAGAAGAAGUGGAUGCUCUAGAAGGGAAGCAAAGUCCUCCUCCAGAAACGGUUUGCUGGAAUGGGUAAUCUUCUAAAAGUCCUUACAAGGGAAAUAGAGAACUAUCCACAUUUUUUCCUGGACUUUGAAAAUGCACAGCCCACAGACUGUGAGAGAGAUGUAUGGAACCAGGUGAACGCAGUGCUCCAGGACUCUGAGAGCAUCCUCUCUGGCCUACAGGCCUACAAGGGAGCCGGACAGGAGAUACGAGAGGCCAUUCAGAACCCCAAUGACAUGAUCCUACAGGAGAGAGCCUGGAACUCAGUCUGUCCCUUAGUCAUACGACUCAAAAAGUUGUACGGCUUCUCGCUGAGACUAGAGAGGGCCCUUCAGAGCCUGCUGGAGUCCCUGACAUGCCCCCCGUACACCCCCACCCAGCACCUAGAGAAGGAGCAGGCUCUGGCCAAACAGUUUGCUGAGAUCCUUCACUUUACCCUGCGCUUCGACGAACUCAAGAUGAGAAUUCCUGCCAUCCAGAAUGACUUCAGUUAUUACAGGAGGACCAUCAGCCGAAACAGGAUAAACAACAUGAAUUUGGAUAUAGAGAGAGAGGUCAACAAUGAGAUGGCCAACAGAAUGUCACUGUUCUACGCCGAGGCAACGCCCAUGCUGAAAACCUUAAGCACAGCUACGACAAACUUCGUAACAGAGAACAAGACAUUACCCCUGGAGAACACCACUGACGUUCUCAGUACAAUGGCCAGUGUCUGUAAAGUCAUGCUGGAGACACCAGACUACACGUGCCGGUUCAACAGUGAGGACACGCUGCUGUUUUGUAUGAGAGUGAUGGUUGGAGUCAUCAUCCUGUACGACCACGUCCAUCCCAACGGAGCCUUCAACAAGUCCUCCAAGAUAGACAUGAAGGGAUGCAUAAAGGUCCUGAAAGAACAGCCAGCAGAUAAUGUUGAAGGUCUCCUGAACGCCCUCAAGUUCACCACCAAACACCUGCACGACGAGUCCACUCCAAAAAACAUCCGCUCCAUGCUUCAGUAACGUUUUCAUAUGAAGAGGAUCCAUGUACUGACCUCAACGAAAGAUGUAUAUGUUUACAUAAUUUAAAAGACUGGAUGUUCAUACUUGUGUAUUUACAUAGUCAUUCCCUGCAAGUUACUGAAACGUAUAGAACGUAUUGCCUUUUACUGUUAUUAUGUUAACAUUACCUUUCAGCCUUACAAACUGAGCUUGGCAAGUAGCAUUUGGAGAAACAAGCACUCUGGUUGGUUCCUGUGACUGAGCCAAGCACUCUGGUUGGUUCCUGUGAGUGAGCGGGCGAAUGAAAGGAGCUUCAUCUGUGGUUUGUGUCAACAAAAGAUGAAUUCCAAAUCAACUCCUAGCCUGGGGUGUAUUCAUUAGUCGGAUUCCGUUUGCAAAGGAAACCGUUUACCGCAGCAACUAAACGGAAACAAACCGAGCAGACGGAACCAAACUUGGAGGGACCUACCUGCAUGUGUCCAAUAGAAACUCUUGUUUCUGUUGCAAAACGUUUUCCAAUUGAAAUAAACGUUUUCCGUUGCAAAACUUUUGCAAAGGAAUCUGACAUAAUGAAUACACCCCAUGUUCCAGAUCUGUUUGUCCUGUCUCCUGUGGAUGGCAAGGUGAAGAUAGUUCAACCCGACUCAAUCCUCUCCUAUCUACAAGAGUGCCUAGGAAGUAGGGGCUGGUUUGGAAUUUAGCAAGGGAUGUGUUGAGGGGAAAAAGUGAUGGCUUUCAUAUAACAUGUUCUCAGUAAGUUGGUGGACUCUGUGCCUUGUUGGCAAGAAAAUGACAAAGGCAGUACGUGCCAUAAGAAAUAAACAGAUCAACCAAAUGUUUAUUUUUUACCUGUAUGACAGGAGGAUUGGGACACAGUGUGAUUUUAGGGGUUUUUCUUGUCUGUAUUUGGGACUCUGUAUCUAACAGAAAUCUAUUGUUCAAAAAAGCAGCUUUAAAUCAAAACUGUCAGGUUAUAUUUAAGUGACACGGAGCGGCAAAAACAAUUCCUUCCACCGCUUUUGUGAUCUCUACUCCUGUAGUAGGAUGGCGGUGAUGAUGAUGAACCUUCUAGUCAUUCUCCUUUCUACUGUAAGACCAGUCAGACUGUUGCCCCAUUCUCUACCCCUAUAGACCACCACAGUAUGAGUCAUAAUACCCAUAAAACCUAGCAGUCAAAUAAGGAAAUGGUUCCAAUUGUUUUUCUACCAUUAAUUUUUCCUAUAGGGGAUUUUAGAAACACUUAAAAUAAGGGCUGUCUUUCAUGUAGGCUAACCCUGGUGUGAGUUUUAGAUAAAUGUUACAUUUCUCUAGGACAAAGUGACUUUUAUCAAUAUAUUUGCCUCUAUUUAAUCCCCCCCAAAUGAAAUGCUAAUUAGUUGCUAUCAUAAAGAACUACAAAUGCCAUGAUGAGCUGGACUAGACUGCCAAAUUUAGGCAAAGGUAGUUCAUCCAGAGAUUCUUAUCUGUUAGCUAAAUGUAUUUAAUAAAUCAAUUGGCUACAUUUCUUUAAAUUGACAAUUCUGUGAACUGUCUUUUGAACGUUUUAAAUUGACCGGUGGUGUACAAAUACUUUAAAGUACUACUUAAGUAGUUUUGGGGGUAUCUGUACUUUGCUGUUUAUAUUUUUGACAACUUUUAAUUUGACUUCACUGCAUUUCUAAAGAAAAUAAUGUACUUUUUACUUCAUACAUUUUCCCUGACACCCAAAAGUACUCAUUACAUUUUGAAUGCUUAGUGGGAUAGGAAAUUUGUCCAAUUCACACACUUAUCAAGAAAACAUCCCUGGUCAUCCCUGCUGCCUCUGAUCUGGCGAACUCACUAAAAACGAAUAGUUUGGAAAUUAUGUCUAAGUUUGGAGAGUGCCCCUGGCUGUCCGUAAAAAAAUAUAUAUAUAUAGAAUUGUGCCAUCUGGUUUACUUAAUAUAAGGAAUUUGAAAUUAUUUGUAGUUUUACUUUGAUACUUAAGUAUAUUUAAAACCAAAUACUUUUAGACUUUUCCUUAAGUAUUUUACUGGGUGACUCACCUUUUAAUUUUCUAUCAAGGUUUCUUUACUUUUACUCAAGUAUGACUAUUGGGUCACUUUUUCCACCACUGAAAUUGACACAAUACCUCUUAGCACAGGUGUCAGCUAGAGAUGACGUGCAGGAGUUUGUAGGGAUUUGUAGUCUUGUAUGAUGUCUAUUUUGAUGCUAAUUAGCAUUUUAUAAUCUGAGAGUAAAUAGGGCAGAAUAUAUUGAUAAGUCACCUUGUCCAAGAAUGAUUUUCACGGUUAUCAAAAUGCCACACCAGAGUAAGCCUAGACGAAAGACAGCUCUUAUUUGAACUGUUUCUAAUAUCCCCUAUGGGAAAAAUGAAUGGUGGGAAAACGAUUGGAACCAUUUCCUUGUUUGGCCUCUAGGUUCUAUGGAUGUUAUGACACCUACUCUGUGGGACUCUAUAGCUGAAGUGUACACUCGUUCCCUCCCCCAUUGUUUUGGUGUAUUGAGUACAGGGAGUUCUCACACCUGUCCAUUCCAUGAAGAGGUGUGUACCUUUACACACUUUGAGAAGUAGGGUUGGGAGUUGGACUGCGGUGAAAAAUAAAUCCCUGAAAAUGUAUCAUUUCAGUAUACAAAGUGCCAUUCUGAAGAAUAAAGCCUGGUCUCUAUUUUAAUUUUUUUCCUUUCAUCCAAAAUAGAAAGAUAUUUGUGUCACCUGAUUUUGUUUGGAUUGACUCUGUUUAAAUCUGGAGUCUUGAUUCGACGUUAGAUGAACUAUAUGUCAGACUGUUGUUAAACCUGUAACUUCUGGUUUGUUUUGAGCUGCUCUUUGUGUAGACCAUUGUUUCAUGCUAAUGAACGUUGACCAAAGGGCAUUAUAGGAGUAUUCUCUAAACUCAUUCAGCUUGUAUACAAUGGCGUAUGUAUAUUUGACAUGGUUCAGUGGUCAAUUGAAUUAAUAUAAUUAUUAACUGGAGAACAAUAUUGGAAAGUUGUGUACAAAACGGCAGGAUUGUGAGUUGCGUCUCUAAUGAAAAUACAUGGUGUUCUAUGAAUUGGAGGAAGUGUUGUUUGGUGAUCUGACUUAACAUAUAGGUCAGACAAUCGCAUGUUAGGAUUAAUGACUUGUAGAAAUCCUGUGGUGUGCUGCGGUCUCGCUCCUGUCUGUCCAGACGAACGUGGAAUUUAAGAUGGACUAGCUUUUUGGGUUACCGUACCACCGACUGCUCUGUCCGGACGAACGUGGAAUUUAAGCUGUUUUAAGAUGGACUAGCUUUUUGGGUUACCGUACCACCGACUGCUCUGUCCGGAUGACCACUAAAGUACCCCCUCGUGCAGUAAGCCUAUGGUGUAAUGGGUCUUCUCAAGUACCCCCAUGGGUCCUAGUACCCCCCCGUGCAUUUAGCAGUAAGCCUAUGGUGUAAUGGGUCUUCUCAAGUACCCCCAUGGGUCCUAGUACCCCUGGUUGGGAACCAAUAGGCCAUUGUCAUGUUGAGCAGAAUCCAAACAAUGAUUCUGCUCCUACCAAUUCCAUUUCUGCGUUUACAUAGGGAGCCCAAUUCUGAUCUUUUGCCCAAGUAUUGUCAAAGGAUCUGAUCUGAUUGAUCAAAGAUUCAAUUAGUGAAAAAAAGAUCAGAAUAAGUCUGCCUGUCUGAACGCAGCCAGUGAGUGACGGAGUUGGCAUGAUGUGACAAACAGACUGGCACUAAAGACUGACUACUAAAUACUAGCUAAGCUUCUGCAAAUGUAUCCUGUUCACAUUUUUCCUUAUCAGAGAAAGACAAACCCAGGACCAUUUUUAAAAUGGGCUUUUCACUAGACUAAAGUAGCUUGUGCCUUUACUUGUCGCUAAGUCAGCAAUAUAGACACCAACCUCAGAUAAUUAUGAAUGAAAUAUAUUUUAUUAGACAGUAAAUAGGAUUUACAGUGCUAAUGUGAAAUGAGACAAAUGGCUAUAGAUUUUGAAAUCCAUGCCAAAUCAAAAUACCUAGCUAUAUAUUACUGUAUCUAUUUUGAUACUUCAUACACACUCUCCAUCUGUGUACUCAUCGUAAUAUAAAAUACUAGUAACUAACAUUUGUUGAACGACCAUCAAAUGUCCUCAGUGGAUUUUAACAUUCAUGUUAAUUGUUUAUUUUCUAUAGUUUCUGGUAAUACAUAAUACAUUGACAAUUUAGACAUACUUUUGUGUGAAGGACUAUUUGUAUAUGCAAUGAAUGAAUACUGUACAUGGACAAGACAUUCAGCUAAAUGUACAGUAUGAUAUUGAUACAAAUACUGAGGUUUAUUUCCAAAACCAAUUUCUGUCAAACCUCUGUCAGUAUUGAACUCCAAAAUGCCUUUUUCAGCCCAAUAUAUGCUAUUCUGAUUAUGGUGUGUUGAAUGAAGCUCUAUUGAAUAUAAAGAAGGGGGGGAAAGUUAACUGACAACUGUUUCAUAGUUUGGAACGCUGGUUCAAUGUUUCUAAAUGGCUUUAGCUUUAUAUUGCAUAUUGAAUGGGUGUGUGAACUGAAAAUAAAACUGCUACAUUUCCUGCA